AUGUCCAAUGCUUUGAAAAGACCAGAUGAAGAAGAUGAACUCCAGGAUGAGUUGAGCGUAGAUAACCCCAACACAAACACUACUAAGAAACUGAAAUUACAAUCGUUAGAUCACAGUGUAGGAAGUGAACCAGUAUCUACUAUCGAAAUAAUACCAACCGAUGGUUUCAAAAAAUUUAAACAGCUGGGGUUUAAACCCAAAGAUCAAGACCUUCAUGGAACUCAGCUAGAAUCCGUCUUUGAACAAGAAUUAGAACAAAUGGAACAUGAUUUUGCGUUGUCUCAAGAAAAGGAUACCUCCAUAUACAAGAGAACCCCAAUCCCAAAGGAUUUUUCACCUUCCACUCAUGACAUUUCAUUCCAGCAAAUUGAUGCUGAACAAAGUACAUUAAACAACGGCACGAAAGUCAAUAAUACCUCUACGGUGGUAAGAUUCUUUGGUGUCACAAGUGAAGGUUGUUCCGUUCUAUGUAACGUCACAGGUUUCAAACAUUAUCUUUAUGUUCCUGCACCCAACGGUAUCGAAUCUAUUGAUCCCAAUGAAUUGAAAAAUUUCAUCAACUACCUGAAUGAAUUAUUCGGAACUACAAACCAGAACGGUGUAGAUUCUAUCGAAGUGGUACAAAAGCAAUCCAUUUGGGGGUACUCAGGUGAUGGGAACUUACCUUUUUGGAAAAUCUACGUCACGUAUCCUUCUUUGAUCAACAAAUUACGUACGGGGUUUGAAAAGGGUCAUUAUACCUAUAAUUCAUGGUUCACUAAUGGUACCACUACAUACGACAAUAUCGCAUAUCCCUUAAGAUUGAUGGUGGAUUGUGGGAUUGUUGGGAUGUCUUGGAUCACUUUACCUAAGGGGAAAUAUACUAUGAUCCCUGAUGCGUCGAAGUUAUCUACAUGUCAAUUAGAGGUUUGCAUUAACUAUAAAGAUUUGGUGGCCCAUCCAGCGGAAAAUGAUUGGUCGCACAUGGCUCCCUUACGUAUCUUGUCGUUUGAUAUAGAAUGUGCUGGAAGAGUGGGUGUAUUCCCUGAACCUGAAGUUGACCCAGUGAUUCAAAUUGCUAAUGUUGUUAGUGUCACAGGUGCAAAGAAACCAUUCAUUAGAAAUGUUUUUACUUUGAAUUCUUGUUCUCCUAUAACAGGUUCUCAAGUUUUCUCUCACGAUACUGAAGAAGAGAUGUUAAGUCAUUGGCGUCAAUUUAUUCUGGAGGCAGAUCCGGAUCUGAUUAUUGGUUAUAAUACUACGAACUUUGAUUUACCUUAUUUGAUCAAUCGUGCUAAAGCUUUAAAAGUUCAAGAUUUCCCAUAUUUCGGUAGACUGAAAAAUGUUAAACAAGAAAUUAAAGACGCAAUUUUCUCAUCAAAGGCGUAUGGUACUAGAGAAUCUAAGAAUAUUAAUAUUGACGGUCGUCUACAAUUAGAUUUAUUACAAUUUGCUCAACGUGAAUAUAAAUUAAGAUCAUAUACAUUAAACGCUGUAUCGGCACAUUUUUUAGGUGAACAAAAGGAAGACGUUCAUUAUAGUAUUAUUACUGAUUUACAGAACGGUGACAGUGAAACAAGACGUAGGUUGGCUGUUUAUUGUUUGAAAGAUGCAUAUUUACCAUUAAGAUUGUUAGAGAAGUUAAUGGCUUUGGUUAAUUAUACAGAAAUGGCUCGUGUUACAGGUGUGCCAUUUUCAUACUUGUUGGCUCGUGGGCAACAAAUUAAGGUCGUCUCGCAAUUAUUCCGUAAAUGUAUUCAAAUUGAUACAGUUAUUCCCAACAUGUCUUCACAAGCUUCUGAUGAACAAUAUGAAGGUGCUACCGUCAUUGAACCCAUUAGAGGUUAUUAUGAUGUACCCAUUGCAACUUUAGAUUUCAAUUCCUUAUAUCCGAGUAUUAUGAUGGCACACAAUUUAUGUUAUACUACAUUAUGUAAUAAGGCGACAGUGGAAAGAUUGAAGCUGAAAAAAGAUGAAGAAUAUAUUAUUUCACCAAAUGGCGAUUAUUUCGUAACAGAUAAAGUGAGGCGUGGAAUUCUUCCCAUUAUUUUAGAUGAAUUAAUCCAAGCGAGAAAACGUGCCAAGAAAGAUUUGAAAAAUGAAACAGAUCCAUUUAAACGUGAUGUUCUUAACGGUAGACAGCUAGCUUUAAAGAUUUCCGCUAAUUCUGUUUAUGGUUUUACUGGGGCCACAGUAGGCAAACUGCCAUGUUUGGCUAUCUCAUCUUCAGUCACUGCUUUUGGUCGUGAUAUGAUUAUGACCACGAAAAAUGCUGUUGAAGAAAAAUAUACAAAAAAUAAAGGCUAUGCUGAUGAUGCCAUUGUUGUUUAUGGUGAUACAGAUUCUGUUAUGGUGAAAUUUGGUACAACAGAUUUAAAAGAGGCAAUGAGGUUAGGUACUGAAGCUGCUGCUUUUGUUUCCACUCUAUUUAAACAUCCCAUCAAUUUAGAAUUUGAAAAAUGUUAUUUCCCAUAUCUGUUAAUCAAUAAGAAACGUUAUGCAGGGCUUUAUUGGACAAAUCCAGAUAAAUUCGAUAGACUGGACCAAAAGGGGUUGGCAUCAGUUCGUCGUGAUUCAUGUUCAUUAGUUUCCAUUGUUAUGAACAAAGUUUUAAAGAAGAUUUUGAUCGAAAGAAAUGUUCCUAGUGCACUGGAUUUCGUUAAGGCAACAAUCAAUGAUAUCCUUCAUAAUAACGUGGAUAUAUCGAAAUUAAUUAUCUCCAAGACGUUAGCACCAAAUUAUACCAACCCACAACCGCAUGCUGUCUUAGCCGCACGUCUGAAGAAAAGAGAUGGUAUGGGGCCUAAUGUUGGUGAUCGUGUUGAUUACGUUAUCACGGGUGGUAACGAUAAAUUAUAUAAUAGAGCAGAAGAUCCAUUAUAUGUAUUGGAGCAUAAUCUUCAAAUUGAUUCGAAAUAUUAUUUGAAUAACCAAUUACAAAAUCCUAUAAUAAGUAUCAUUGCUCCGAUUAUUGGUGAAAAGGAUGCUAACUCCAUGUUUGUUGUUAAAUCAAUUAAGAUUAAUACAGGUAAUACUAAAGGUGGGCUAAUGGGGUUUGUCAAAAAGGUUGAAGUAUGUAAAGGUUGUAAGGGUCCGCUGAAGAAGGGAGAAGGACCGUUAUGUUCAAACUGUCAAGAGAGAUCUGGUGAAUUAUACAUAAAGGCGUUAUAUGAAGUACGAGAUUUGGAAGAAAAAUUCGCAAGAUUGUGGACAGAGUGUCAAAGAUGUGCAGGCUCUCUUCAUAAUGAAGUUCUGUGUUCGAAUAAAAACUGUGACAUUUUCUAUAUGCGUGUUAAAGUUAAAAAGGAAUUACAGGAAAAGAUGGAACAAUUAAGCAAAUGGUAA